UUUUUGAAAAAACAAUGGAUUAAGGUUUUUUUUACUCAUUGUGAAAAUUUCCGUGAAUUUAAUUUAGAGAGAUAUUUGGAAUUUAUUCAGAUCACAUCGUAUUUGGAUAUAAUAAUUAAACGAGUCCAUCGUGUAAAAGUAAUCUGUCGCAUAAUGAAGAUUUCAAAAUUGUUGACUGUAUCGUUAAUAUUAAUAAUAUGUACAAAGCGAUCAUUGGGCCGUGAACAAGGAACAAGAUUUCCAAUAUUAAAAAAUAUAUUAAAUAUAUUUGGAAAUAGACCUCCGAUCCAUGAUACUCCGCCAUCACCGUGCAGCUGCAGUUGUGGUGAACGAAACGAAGCAAGUCGUAUUGUUGGUGGACAAACAACACUACAAAAUGAAUUCCCAUGGAUUGCACGAUUAUCAUAUUUUAAUCGUUUCUAUUGUGGUGGAAUGUUAAUUAAUGAUCGUUAUGUUUUAACUGCUGCACAUUGUGUUAAAGGAAUACUCUUUCGUUUUAUGUGGUUCAUGAUUAAGGUGACUUUUGGUGAGCAUGAUCGUUGUAAUGAAACACGCCGCCCUGAGACAAGAUUUGUAUUAAGAGCAACAGUUGGACAAUUUAGUUUUUUGAAUUUUGAUAAUGAUAUUGCAAUUCUAAGAAUGAAUGACCGGGUACCAAUUACAGACACAAUCAAGCCAAUUUGCCUACCAAAAACAAAAGAGAAAAGUUAUGUUGGAUCAAAAGCCAUUGCAUCUGGUUGGGGCACGUUAAAAGAAGAUGGAAAACCCACAUGUAUUUUACAAGAAGUUGAAGUACCAGUUAUCAGUAAUGAAGAAUGUCGAAAAACGAAUUAUUCAUCACAAAUGAUAUCGGAUAAUAUGUUAUGCGCUGGAUAUCCCAAAACAGGUGGAAAAGAUUCGUGUCAGGGAGAUAGUGGUGGACCCUUAAUUACCGAAAAAGAAGAUAAACGCUAUGAAUUAAUUGGAAUUGUUUCAUGGGGUAAUGGAUGUGCUCGGCCUGGAUAUCCAGGAGUAUAUACGCGAAUUACAAGGUAUGUGGAUUGGAUACGAGAAAAUUCGAAAGAUGGUUGUUUUUGUGAAGAUUGA